AUGGAUCUAACUACCAAAUUAAAAUACUGGUAUUAUGCUGAAGAAGAUUUCUGGAGACAAAGAGGUAAGGGUGAUGCUAUUCUUCUAGAUGAUAGGAACACUACCUAUUUUCAUCAAAAAGCUAAUUUUAGAAGACAGAAAACUCAGAUAGAGUCUCUACAAAACAAUAUGGGAAUUUGGUUAGAUGAAAGACGGGAUAUAAAAAAUGAACUUUUAAGGCACUUUAGCAAUAUGAGUAGAACAACUCAUCCUCCUAAUUCUGAUGCUUUUCUUAGCAAUAUAGAAACUUGUAUUAAUGAUCAGGAUAACUCCAUGUUAAUUGCUAUGCCUUCUUGUGAUGAAAUUAAAAAAGUUGUUUUUGAAAUGAAGCCUUGGACAACUCCAAUACCAGAUGGCUUCCCACCAGGUUCCUACCAACUAAUGUGGGACACUGUUGGCCCUGAAGUUGUAAAAAUGGUUCAAUCUUUCUUCCAUUCUCAUUAUAUUCUGAAACAGUUGAAUCAUAACUUCACUACUCUUAUUCCUAAGAGUAAUUGUCCCAAAAAUGCUGCAGAUUUUAGACCCAUAAGACUUUGUAAUGUGUCGUAUAAAAUUAUAUCUAAGUUGUUGGCCUCUAGAUUAAAAAAAGUUUUACAAAAAAUCAUAUCUCCAGCUCAAACUGCUUUCAUUUCAGGUAAAGUCUAUUAUCCUCAAAGAGGCCUGAGACAAGGUGAUCCCUUGUCUCCAUACCUCUUCAUUCUUUAUAUGGAAGCUUUGUCUAGAGGUCUGAUUCAAGCUGAAAAUGAUAACCUCAUUCAUGGCUUCAAAGCAAACAAACACUUCCCCUCCAUUUCUCAUCUCUUCUUUGCAGAUGAUUGCCUGAUUUUCAUUAAAGCUAGAACUAAAGAUGCUAGAAACCUAGUCACUCUUAUUGAGAAAUUUAGUAAAUUCUCUGGUCAGGCUGUUAACUUUGAGAACUCUGCUCUAGCUUUCAGUAUACUUGCUCACUGGAAACCAACUUAUCUAGCUCCCCUUGGUAGAACUGUUAUGGACCAAUCAGUUCUAGGUAGUUUAGCUAGUCAUCACCUAGCUGUUUUUCCAAUGCCUAAGGAAAUUACAGAUAAAUUGGAUAACCUACAAAUGAGGUUUUGGUGGGGCAAAAAAGAGGAGGAAAAAGGCUGUUAUACUAAAGGCUGGAAGGACAUUGCUCUUCCCAAGGAGCUAGGAUGUUUAAAUAUUAGAAGAACUGAUGUUUUAAACCUUGCUCUCCUUACUAAAUUAGCUUGGAGGCUAUUAGAAAAUCCUGAUGAUAAAUGGACUGCCAUUCUAAGAGGUAAAUAUUUUGCUGAUUCUAACCCUUUGUGUGACAGUGUUUCAAAACAGGUUCUUGGAUCUGGAAUGGUCUUUUCAAAGAAAGUAAGAUGUGCUAAAUAUUUUGAUAAUGUUCAACCAAAUGUUGACAAUAUUGCUAAUUCAAUUAUGAUGCAGAUGAAUGAUUGGAUAAAUGCUAGGUUGGUUCAACCAAAUGCUAAUUAUGUUAUAACUCAAUCACAACACUACUGGACUCCUCCAUUAAAUAACUGUAUUAAAAUAAACUUUGAUGCAUCAUUUGUGAACAAUAACACUUUCUCUGGCUGGGCUCUAAUAUCUAGAAAUUUUUCAGGUGACUGCGAUGGACUGCGAGGAGGUGCAGCUCACGCAAUAGAUCCAGAACAAGCAGAGGUGCAAGCACUUUUGGAAGCAGUUCUGUGGGCAAAACAAAAAGGCUUAACAAAGUUGCAACUGGAGGGUGAUUGUUUAAAUGUCAUAAAUGCUGUGAAUGGAUCUCUCACAGCCGUGAAGUGGACUACUCAUAACUUAAUAAAAGCUGCACUAGGCAUCCUUAGUUCUUUCUCUUUUUGGUCAUGCACAUAUGUGCACAGAGAUGCAAAUCAUAUAGCAGACAGUCUGGCUAAAUUUGCAAGGUCUCACACUAUUUGUUUUCAGUAUUACAAUGAUAUUCCUGCCUGGGUUCAAACAUUGAUCCAGCAAGAUAAAACUCUUAUGUAA